ACCCCAAAGAUUCUGAAGACAGACAAUUGAGUUGCCUCUAAAAGGUCACUGCUGACACUAGUGGUUUAGUCUUGCUGUGUUUGUCAGUUUCCUGACUGUAAUGUUCCAUCAUCUGCCAGUGCUUGCACCCAACUGUAGUAGUUCAGCAAGAAUGAGGACAUGUGAAGACCAAUUCAUAAAGCACCAGUAUUCCAAAAAUUGGAGGAAAACAAGCAAUUGAUUCCUAUUGUGAUACAGACCAGCACUGUUGCUGUUAGAAUGGCCUGGGACGAAUCUUAACGUAACCGUGGUCAGGAAUUUGACCAUGAAGAAAUUCUUUAACCAUAAAGAAAUUCUCUGUAUUCCCAUCCUGUUCUGACACAAGCGAGGGAUAAUGUAAAUACCUGCAGAGGUGGUCAGGGCUGGUGUGCAUUUCAGAAGUGGUCAUAACUGAUUAGCCUGUAGAACGUGUUGGAGCACUCAAUGCUUGUGCCUAAUAAUUUGACUUGACUGUAAGACUGUAGACCCUCACUGUCUUCAGAGGAUGAGGUAGAGGUCUGUGUGCUGCUGACUGCACCUUGUUUUCUAGCCAAGAGAAGCCCCCUGGUCACUACCUGUAAUUUCCGUGCAUUGCCCAACACUCAUGAUUGUUUGAAUGAACUGGUGGCAGGAACCCUAGCACAGGGUGCCAGCACUUGGUAGCCAGCUGGGCAGUGUCUCUGAGUGUCUCUGGGUUUCUGUGUAGCAUGAGUGGCACAGGCUGUCAGUAUUAUGAGGAGCAGUGCAGUGAGGGAAGAGGAGGGGAUCUCCUGCGUGGCUGGCAUACAAACUAGCAGGCUUGCAGUUUCAGAAGAACAACAGUUGGCCUUCUGAGGGGGUUUUCUGGGGAAGAAAAAAAAAAAAGCCAAAUCAAACCACUGGUUCUUGACCUUUAGCCUGGCAGCAGCUAGAUGGGAUGCAAGCUUUUGGCAGAAAGGUUCCACCUAGAAGGAUCUAUUGCAUGCCAAAUUUAUCUGAUUGCUUCCAGCUCGUGACAGGAACACAGGUAGAUAGAUGAAUAGAUCAAGGACCAAGUGAAGCACCUGCUGCUUGACCACUCUGUGAGCAAUAUGGAUGAAUCUUCAGGAAGAAAGCACAGAACACAGCAAAGGAACAACGAUAGGAUCUGUGUGGGAAACUUAUUUAGGCAUCACUGGCUUGUAUUAAACUAAAGAAACAAUAUAGCAAGCCCUAUGAAGAGCAAGUCAAAUGCCAAGGUAUGGUAUUUUCCACUGGAACUCAUUUCUCAAGUCUCAUUCUCCUUUGCCUUGACCUAUGUGUCAUCAUAUGCAGUGUGGAACAGAAUCCAUUCCGAGCUCUUUGUGUCUGAAUUCACCAGUUCAGUUGAGAACAAGAUUGGAUUUUAAAGCUUGUCUUUGCUAUGCACAUAAAUGUAACCACAAAAAAGCAAGCUAUCUAAACAUAAAGCAGUGUUGGAAGCGUGUGUCUGUGUUUGUAUAAGACAAGACUGCGUGAAAUUUAAAUCCAGCAGCAAGACAUGAUUACAGGUGAUAUGUUUCAGUAUAAUUUUGUUGAGGAGCUGUUUUCUGCUACUUGCAUCCCAGGAAAGUGAGGACAGAGGAUCUGCAUGGGUCCCUGCAGCUACUCUCAAUUAUGGCAUCAGGGCUGAUCUUGGAGCAGUAUUAUUUCCUCUUGGUUUCGUGGUGUCUGUAUAGAGUUAUAUCAGCCAUGAAAAUAAGAGUCUGCUGAACCAGUGUGAAGGACUUGAAAACAGUGAACAGAAUCAAGAAAAUAUGUGGAUGUAUGGCCUUAAUGUACAUUGCACAUCCCAUAGCUAAAUCCUAGAGUGUUUCUGAAUUCUCUAGGAGCCAUAAGCCAGAAUUAAAUAGUCUGAAGUUCACGCUGUGCUUUAAUUUGCAUUGAUUAUGAAUUGUAUAUCAACUCGCAAAACUCACUGAAAAUCAAAUUAUGUGUUUCUGCAUCUCACUCCUCUCCUCAUUCAAGUCACUGGCACAAGAUUGCUUAGCUUUCUAAGCAUCUGAUGGUGCAAAGCAGAAGCAUUUCCCCGCCCCUCAAAGAACCAGGAAGAGCAACCACAGGCACCACUACAAAAAGCGCAGUACCUUCCCAUAGUCUCAGGUGGAGGAGAAUUUUAGCAGGGGAAGUCCUGAUAGAAGCCCACCCUCGCUUGCUUUGGGGCUGUAGAGCUUGAGACAUGACUGGACGGAGAAGAGAAAUCUGUCUCCUCCACACUCGAGCUCGCUUGCUGCUGGCAAUGUACCUGUGGCACUGGGCACAACAGACUCUGGCAAUAUCAUGCCCUGAUGGUGAGCUGAGAGCCAUUGCUAAGGAUGUAAAGAAAUGCUGCCCCAAAUGCCUCUCCAGCACAGGGGACAACAGCCCGUGUGAAGAAGCAAAGGAUGCAGACUGCAAGUGUCCUCAGGGAUUCAGUUGUACUGAUAGGUCCUGUUCCUCCUGCAAGAAAACUGAAUGUCCAGAGGGCAAGGAGCUGAUUAGGCUGGGUAUCAUUCACUAUACGUAUUCAUGUAAACCAUGUGAGACAGGAACCUAUUCUAAUGGUAAGAACAGCUGGUGCCAAAGCUGGACUGAUUGUGAAAGUUCUGGCCUCCUAACAAUCAAGCAAGGCAACAGCACACACAAUUCAUUAUGUGGCUACCUGGUUAAAUAUUUGGACCGAGACAGUGUUACAAAUGAUUCUCGGUACACCAGCAUGCUGGCCAUCCUGACAGCAGUGGGUCUAUUUGUUCUCAUCUUGCUGACCUUCUUCUUGCAUCUCUGCAUCUGGUCGCUGAAGAAAGAAAAACACCCCACAGCUGACAAUGUGGAACGUAACAUCUCUAGGCUGCCGUUGGCUUCACAACCAUCCCACCACAGAGAAGAGACUUACAGCUGCCAGUUUCCAGAAGAAGAACAUGGAGACAAAAUACUGGAAGAGAAACCUUACUACUUGCAACCUCCAAGUCUCCACUGAGAACAGACGAACUGCAACGUGCUGUGAGAAUGAGGAGCUGAGCUCAGCUAUAAACCAAACAGGAGGGAGGGACUGGGUGCAUAAGCAUCAUUAUGUACAUAGAAAUAAGGAAUGGGUUUGUUUUCAAAGAAUCCUAGAAUGGCUUGGGUUGGAAGGGACCCGAGAGAUCAUCUAGUCCUGCUCCCCUACAGUGGGCAGGGUUGCCAACCACUAAAUCAGGCAGUGGGUCAGGCUGCCCAAAGCCCCAUCCAGCCUAGCUUAGAACACUUCUAGGGAUGGGGCCUUCCGUGCUGCAAGCACACACUGCUGAUUCAUAUCCAGCUUUUCACCCACUAGACCCCUCAAGUCCUUCUCUGCAGAGGACUGUUCUCAUUGAGUUCUUCUCUCAGUCUGUACACGUAGCUGGGAUUGCCCCGACCCAAGUGCAACGCUUUGCACUUGGCCUUGUUGAACCUCAUUAAGUUCUCAUGGGCUCACUUGUCAAACCUGUCCAGGUCCCUCUGGAUGGCAUUCUUUCCUUCUGCCGUAUCAACUGCACCACUCAGCUUGGUGUUGUCUUCAAACUUGCUGAGAGUGAGCUCGAUCCCGCUGAUGAAGAUGCUGAAGAUCACUGGUCCCAGGAUAGACCCCUGGGGGACACCACUCAUUGCCAGCCUUCACUUGGACAUGAAGCCACUGACCACAACCUUCUGGCUGUAACCAUCAACCAAUUCCUUAUCCAGUGUAUAGUCUACCCUUCGCACCUGUCUCUCUCCAAUUUAGAGAUAAGGAUGUGGUGUGGGACCAUGUUUUGCUUUGAUUCUUCUUAACAAACCUAGCAUUUAGAAACAAAGAACCUGCUAAGUCAGGCUGACAUUCUGUUCAGCUGCAUUGCUUUGCAAAGUUUAUCUGAGCUGUGGGUUUUGUUGUUUGUUUGUUUUUAAUUUUGGUGUUGUUGUUGUUGAUGCUCUUUUUAAUAUUGCUGGGGACCAGGGGCCCUUUUUGUCAUUAUUAUUCCACUUUGCAUCUUCUGCACACUCUUGUGUGGUGCUCCCACAAACUGACAGGUUCAUAAAAGACCGAUGUUCCACCAUCAGUCCCUCCAGGGCUACAGGAAAUAUAGUAUCACCCAUAGGCCCCUCCUUGUUAGGUAGCAAAGGGCCAUUAAUUUUAAUCCAUGGACCACUGUCCAGUUGCAACAGAAGUAACUUUUAUCCCUGUUCUCCCCUGUUGCUCAGCAAACCUUUGGUACCUGGAAUAAUGAAUUAAAUAAAAGAGGCUUCUGGUAGACUCCACUGAGAAUCAUGCUGUUUAGAGAAAGACAAGACUUAAUAUACUCUGGAGAAAGCUGCUUGGAGUAGGCUGGUGGCUAAACCAAUUCUGGUCAAAAAGGAGUCUGAAUCAGCCUUCAAAUGAAAGUUUACAAAUAUCUCAUAUUGCAGCCCUUACAAGGUAUUGUCUCCAUGGUGAGGGUUGCAUGAUCUCUUGAAAAGAGGGUCCUGAACAGUGGAAUAUUUCCUUCCUGACCUAAUCAUGUAAUCAUGUAAUCUGCUCCAAGGCUGUUUAUUCCCAUUUGGUCUUUCUUGAAGCCUUCUUCAGAGGAGGAGCUUCUUGGCAAGCUUGAAUAGACCUAAAGGAUUGAUUUCAUGAUUUAUGGACAUUCUUUUGUUGCUGAACGUUUCCUCAGCGAUUGUAUCAAGAGGAGUUAUCUUGUUGCUGUUACUUUCUGUCCUUGUGCACUAUGAAAUCUUACAACUGGGUGAAAUAGCUGUAGGGGGAAAUGAAGUGCAAAGGGUUAUCCUUAUCCAGUGUAAUGCAUUCCUUCAUAGCUCCAGUUUUAAUCUUCUGUCUUCCCUGUUAUUCCAUGCUGGACAGCUGAUGUCCUUUUACCUUACCUUUCCUAUCAUAUAAAAUGGGAAGAGUGAUAGUUCUUAAAAGCCUAUUGUGAAACUUAAUUAGUACUUUCAGUGUAUUUUUGCCUUCUUUGAUCCUUCUGCUGUUAAUUUGUGCAUUGCUGAUAAUUUUUCCUGUAGGUAUUGCCAUGUAAAAUUCAUUUCAAAAGUGUUUUCUUCCAUUGCAUUGAGAAAUAUGCAGAUUUUUAACUGAGGUGAACUGGAGAUUCAUGAAAGGUGCCAAGCACUGGACUGGAUGAGACAGGACUUAGUUUGAUGUGUGAGUUUUACACUUAGUUUGAAGCGUAAGAUUGGCUCUGCCUUAUAAGCAGGUGCUCCAUGGGAUUUAAUAUACUUCUCAAGUCUGAACUCCUGGUCAAGGCUCUUCUUACUGCUCCUAUGCUGGCCAUGUUUACUCUCUGCUCUGUAUGGACCCUUCAUUUUUUAAUAUAGCAUGUUUUUCAAUCAGAUUUUGGGUGAUGACCCUUUGUGAAGGUAAAAUAAACUCAACAAUUGAA